AUGCCGCAGAAGAUUGUGGUCGAUGCCGGCAUCCCGCGGGAGCCCCUGCUCCCUUUCCUCAAGGGGCACUUUUGGGACCAAGGUCAGCGCUACAAUUUGGUCAGCACGGGAGGCCCUUUACGUUGGCCGCUACGCGACGGUGAUGGGGUUCAAGAAUGCAAAGUCUGGGAUCCUCGAGGCCCACCUGGAAGCGUUCGUGUGUUGACUGCGGAAGAAGUCUGGGCGUGCCAGGGUCGUUCGAAUGAGGCGUGGCAGGCGCUGCGGGCGGCGGGCGCUUCACCCGCUACGAUCCUCGCUGAGGGCUCCCGCGCAACUGGCGGACAAACGGCAGCAGCUUUGGUACUGAUGGCGGCCUACAUCGCGGAUGGUGGGGCCAGAGCUGGGGCGGGCUACGACGUUUUCGAUGACGAGAACGUCAACAAGCUGUUGAGCUGGCUGCGUCGAUGGAAACGCGGGUUGACGAAGGGGAGAACGAGCGACGGGCUGGUGGUGGUGAUCCCUGGGCCCGUCAUGUUCAUGAGGGAGAUGAUCAAGGGGAACGGCAUCUUCUACACGAUUCGGGGCUACCAGAAGGGAUCCAGCAACAUUCGGGACGACGCCCCCAAGUCGAGGGGCAUCUCCUACACGACUCAGCGCUACCAGAAGGGGUCCACCAACACCCCGGACGACGUCUCCCAGGGGGACGGCAUCGGGUACACGAUUCGGAGCUACCACAAGGGGUCCACCAACAUCAGGAACGACUUCUUCCAGGGGGACGGCAUCUUGUACACGAUUCAGAGCUACCAGAAGGGGUCCACCAACAUCAGGAACGACUUCUCCCAGGGGGACGGCAUCUUCUACACGAUCCAGAGCUACCAGAAAAGGUCCACCAACAUCAGGAACGACUUCUUCCAGGGGGGCGGCAUCUUCUACACGAUCCAGAGCUACCAGAAAGGGUG